AUGUCCUCUCCCGACCCACCUCCACUCGUCGCCGACGACCCCCCUCCUCCCUAUCCAACGACCUCCCGCCGCACACGACACAACCGUAGACGUCCUCUCCCCCAGUCCGACAGCCCGAGCUCUCACCCGCCCCUUCUCGACCCCCAUUGCCACCACCCCCCUCCCGAUCACCAGCCCACAGAGUCCACUCCUCUCCUCAGCCCCCACGACUCCGGCCCUGUCCCUCGACGGCGCACUCUCUCCCUUACCAGCACCCUCCGAUCUUCAAGCUCCAUCACUCCUUCCUUCGCCCACAGCGUAUUCUCAGCCUUUCGUCCAGAACGCGACUCCGACUUCGAUUCCGAUGGCCCCGACCCCGACGCCCCUCCCGGCCCCGACUAUGACAGUCCCCAACGCGCCUUUGUUGCUCAGCUCUCCGCCUAUACCCAUCUCCACUCCCACCCGACUCCGCCUCUUCCCUUCCCCGCCCGCUGCCGCCGAUACUUCCGUCCACUCUCAAAACCCGUCUACUACGCCUCCCUUCUCCACCUCGCCCUCAUCAACUUCCCAUAUGCCCUCCUCGCAUGGGUCUUUCUCUUCGUCUUCACCCUCGUCGGCACCUGCACCCUCGUGGCCCUUCCUUUGGGAGCCGUGGUCUGUUUCGUCGACCUCUUCGGCGCACGCGUCCUUGCCCGAGGUGAACUCUUCCUCCAGACCAAGUUCCAUGCUCCCAUAUCCUACCCACUGCCCCCGACGCCCCUCCCUAUCUUCACUCGCUCCCGCCUCCCAACGCCCGCACAAGUCGAGGCUGGCACCCCGUCGAACGAGCUUGUGCACGAGCCCUCGUUCUAUCGCAAUGCGUACGCCAUGUUCACAGAUCCGACAAGCUAUCAAGCCCUCUUCUACUUCCUCGUCCUCAAGCCCGGCGUCACUGUCCUCAUGUUCCUCUUUUUUGCCAUCGUCACCCCGGUCGCUGCGGUGUUGAUUGUCCCACUCCCAGCAGUGCUCAGGCUCGCGCGCCGGAUGGGAGUUUGGCAGGCGAAUGUGGCGAUUGAGGGGCUCUACUUUGCAGCUUGA